GAGAGAGACUGGGCUAAGUGGACAGACCUCACGUUGAGCUCAGAUGAACCUCGGCAUCCGUUCCCACGUUGGAUCAUUUCAGCUCCGUUAAACCAGAGAACCAGCAGAGCAGAGAUGCAAGCACACGCAAGUGUACUGCAUGGGAAAAUGUGAGAAAAGAAGGCAAAAUGAAGACCCACUCUGGGGAGAAGAAACCUGAAGCAGGAGGAGACAUGCGGUAUAAGAACACAAGAUGGGCCAUCAUGAAAACCAGCAUCUGAUCAGCCAACCAUCAGUUAUUCUUUGAAACAAACUGAUCAAUUCAUCUUAGCAAUGGCAGCACAUAUUGUGCUUCUUUUUCUUUUAUUCUGUAAAGGGGAAAUAAGUGGCAUUUCAGUGGCUGUUGGCCUUUCAGGGGAAGAGCAGGGUUUGCAAGUAAUAUCAAGCAAAAGACAACAAGUUUUACGUCAUCCAGAGCCAGUGGACAACUUUUUUGUGAGUUUCAAAGAAUUGGAAAGCCUGCUUCAGAAUGCAAAGGAUGAUGUAAGAACCCUGCCAAAUGUGGCAUUUAGACUAAAUGACAGAAAACCUAAUGAUUUUGAUUUUAAGGACAACAAAGUGAGGCAAACAGUUAUACUUAAACAUCCUGAAUCUGCUGCCAAGUCCGUAAUACCUAAACAUAGCCCUGAACUCACCCUGAACCGCAAGAAAAGAAGCAAUUUGACUAAUAGAGAGGUUGAAGGUGUAAUUAAUGCUCACAGUCUAGUGCCGAGUUCAGAGAAGGAGUACGCUCUCCAGCCUGAGCUCCAUUUGGAGACAGGUGUCGGUGACGUUCUGCCUGAGAGGACACAGGGCCGCUCUAAGUGGGUCACAGAGUCUGAAGAGGGUCGGUUGGGGCCGUACCUGCCGUGUGUGGAGCCUCGCUCUCGCCGCCGGAGGAGCUGGCUCUGGAACCAGUUCUUUGUGAUCGAGGAGUACAGAGGGCCCGAGCCUGUGCUCAUUGGAAGGCUGCACACAGAUAUGGACAAAGGAGAUGGCCGCACUAAGUAUAUGUUGGAGGGAGAGGGAGUGGGCUCUGUGUUUGUUAUUGACAGCAACACAGGCAACAUACAUGUCACCAAGUCUCUAGACCGCGAGGAGAAGGACCAGUACCGUCUCAUUGCGACAGCUACAGACCGUCAGACUGGCCGAGCUCUGGAGCCCUCCUCUGAGUUUAUCAUCCGAGUGCAGGACAUCAACGAUAACCCGCCUGUCUUCCCCAAUGAACCCUAUGUUGCCAUGGUACCAGAGAUGGCCAACAUAGGCACGUCCAUAAUCCAAGUCACAGCCACAGAUGCUGAUGAUCCAACAUAUGGAAACAGUGCCCGGCUGGUGUAUGCCAUUACUCAGGGCCAGGACUAUUUCUCUGUGGAUCCUCAGACAGGCAUCCUGCGGACAGCUGUACCUGACAUGGACAGAGAGACUCGGGAUGAAUAUCUGGUCGUCCUCCAGGCCAAAGACAUGGGAGGGCAUCUGGGCGGAUUAUCAGGGACUACGACCAUCACUGUGAAGCUGAGUGAUGUCAACGACAACCCCCCUCACUUCAGAAGGAGUGCAUGGUCAUUCUCUGUAUCAGAGCUAGCAGCACCAGGUGUGGAGGUGGGCCGUCUCACUGCCACUGAUCCUGAUCUGGGAGAAAAUGCACAGCUGGAGUUCACUAUCCUGGACACUGAGGAAGCUGAAAUAUUCAAUAUAACCGGAAGAGACCAAGAGGCUGUCAUUGUGCUGAACAAGCUGCUGGAUUAUGAGACCUGCAAUUCAUACACUUUCUCUGUGGAAGUUGCCAACCCUAUAGUGGAUGCCCGGUACCUAAGGAAAGGUCCCUUUAAGGGCCAGGCAACAGUCCGGGUCAUGGUCCUUAAUGCUGAUGAGCCGCCGCGAUUCUCCCAGGCUCGGUACCAUCUGGACGUGUCUGAGAACUGCCCCCCUGUCUGUUCUGUUGGCCGGGUCUACGCUGUGGACCCAGACACAGGACAAAGCACCAACAUCAGGUACUCCAUCGAUCCCCAGUCAGACCCCGAGGCUCUGUUCCGCAUCACAUCUGACACAGGCUUUAUCAGCACAGUGAUGGAGUUGGACCGUGAGCAGGAGCAGUGGCAUAAUAUCACAGUCAUCGCCACACAGAGGGACAAUCCAAAUCUUGUGUCAAGAGUUGUGGUUGCCAUAGAGACACUAGACCAGAAUGACAAUGCGCCGGAGUUGGACAGGCAGUACACAACAUCUGUAUGUGACUCCAGUGCCCCCGGUCAGGUAGUUCAGGUUCUGCAAGCCAUCGACAGGGACCAAGCAGGGCAGGACACCCCGGUCCACUUCAGCAUCCCUCCAGAGUCCAGCUCUGCCCUCAACCUCACCAUCAGGGAAACUGGAGGUGUGACAGCCAGCCUGGUGCUCCAGUCAGCCUUGGAGCCCCUCCCUGGUUUCUCCUCAUCCUUACUCACCCUCUACGUGCCAAUUGUGCUGCGUGACGGGGCCUCGGGUCUGACCAACACUGGCACAGUCACUGUGACCAUUUGUCCCUGUCUGCGAGGGGGCAUGCAGACAGAGGAUAGGGGGAGACAGAGGGACAGGAGAUGGGAGAGACACAUGGUUUGUCUCCCUGUGCCAUCCGCCUCUACAUCUCUCAUAUUCAGCUUGGUCACCUUACUGGCCAUGCUGGCUUGUGUCACCACUCUGCUGGUGGUGUGUGCACUCUCGCUGUCAUUGCGCCAUCAGAAGCGAGACUCCCACUCACCCUUCGAGGAGGAUGAUGUCAGGGAGAACAUCAUAUCCUAUGAUGACGAGGGGGGAGGGGAGGCAGACACCGCAGCUUUUGACAUUACAGCGCUGCAGAGCAUGCACAGAAUACAGCACAUGCACAACAACAGAAACAUAUGGUACACCCAGCAGAACCCGCCAAGGGCCAGGACGUACAGCUGGAGUCGUAACCCACACCCCAGCCUGGACCCUCAGCAGCGGCCAGGCUCCGCUCCGCUCUACGGACGCCUCUGCUACGGCAUCCACACGCUGCCUGUUCUCAGAGAUUAUCCAGCCGGGCCACUGGAGGCAGGUCUGCAGCUAACGCAGCUGACCCAUGGCCUCACCGGAGGUCACAUCGGCAAUUCCCUUGUCAUCCAGAACCAGAGCACCUUUGAGCCUCUGCUGCGCUCUCCUGAGAUGAGCCCUGCUUGUUACGAACAAGAACACAUGCUGGCGAAGAGCAAAAUCACAGACAGAAAUGAAGGCAGCGAAACAAACACUGCUGACACAAAAGAGAUUCAGGAUCAGGCCACGAUAAACCCGACAGAAACAGAGUCGACACCAGACGACAACGCUGCAAAUCUGACCCACUGUGACCCAAAUGAGUCUUCAUUCCAAAGUCACACUAGCUCCUCAUCAAACCAGCAAGAGGGGCGACCGGGGUCAUCGCAGACUCAGAUCAGCACUGGAGCCACCAGCUGCACAUUAGAUGACAUUGAUACUGAUUCCUCCAUUCCCUCCAUUUCAGAGCGAAAUUAUUCAAAUGGCAGUCAAAUCAACUGCGUAAACCCUCCUGUUUACCUGACAGGAGAUACAUACAGCAUCGUGGGCUCGCUAAAUCCAAACAGCAGAGGGACGUGUAUGAACGGGACUAGUGGCAGUGGGUUGUACCCACCGGGUGUGCAGCUACUGAACAUGUGCAGACUCCAGAGAAAGCAUUUGACCCCACAGCCUUUGUCCUUACCUGGGGGGGUGUUUGGCAACAACAGAGGCUGGGCGUGCGGGGCGGAGCCUGCGAGAGCACAAGCCAGUAACCCGCAGCCUCUUCGCAUGGAAGACCUCCUGAAUAUCCGUCUGGAUCAGGUCACCUUUGACCUGACGCAGCCGCCCUAUGACUCACUGCAGACUUAUGAGUUUGAGGGCCGUGAUUCAAGAGCUGAGUCACUGAGUUCACUGGAGAGCGAUGGAGAGAAGGACGAUGGGAAAGUGGUGGGAGGGAUGGAGGAGUUAAACCAGAAGUUUCAGAGGCUGGUGGAGAUCAUCAGAGAGAGGGAGAAGGAGAAGGAGAAGGAGGGAGAAGGAGGAGAGACACGAGAGGCCGAGGGAGGUGAGACUGCAGAGGCUACUCUCGAUGAGACUCAUAAACAAAAGGACAAAGAAAAAGAACAGCCGAGAUGGGAUUUCUAGACUGCAGUAAAAGAAAAGUUAGAAAGAGGAGAACUCUCUUCACAGUGAUGGAUUUUAAACACCGCAGGGGAGGCAAAACACACAGCCUCUGACAGAAAUCUUCUUGUCCCCCCCUCCCCUGCCAGAAAAAAAUCCAGGAGGUUGACAGUAUAGUCAAGAUUCAUGGUGGGAUCAGUGCACAGCGUAUAGUUUUCACCUCCACUAUGUUUAUAAAAUGCAUAUGAAAUCUGUCGCUUUUCACACUGCUCCUGUAACUGAUAUUAAUAAUACACUUGGGCUUUCAAAGCUAAAGUUAUGAAAAAUUAACUUUUUUGAAAUUUUGAUUUUGAACCCUGAAAGCUCCAUUGUUAGAAAAUAGGCCUCAUCUAAUAUUGACCAGAAUUGUGAUAUUUAAUAUUGAUAGUUUAAUAGGGGCACGCUCACUAGAAAUCCUUGGAAUUUGAAUGCGACAUUUGCAUCUGCAUUUGAGAAUUUUAAAACCACACAAGCGUACAUGACUGUAAGCCUACACUGCCACCUGUUCACAGAGCCUCUCCAAUGAGUCUAAGUGUAUACAUUUAUAUUCUGUAGCUCCGUAGAGAGAGUUCCACUCCAGCAAGUAGUCACCAUUACGGUAGCAAAACCUGCUCACUAUGCAAUUUGCACACAGUUAGAAAUGAUUAGAUUGUCAGUGUCAAAGACGUGUGUACUGUUGUGAAAGUACAGUAAAUAAUGUCCAUAUGUAGAUAAAUAUCAACUUCUGCUUUA